AUGAAGAGCCGGAACCAGCUCUGCGAGUGGGAAACAAUAGGGACUCCCCCCUCAGAAGGCCCGGAAGAGAACCCCGAAACCGGACCGCCUCUCCUCCCCUCUUACGCCGCCGAGUCUCCCCCAAACCCUCUGUCCCCACCAACCUGCAAGGCCUACUUGCAAGCGAGCAGCCGCGGCUCCUCUCCUAGGCGAGUCCCCGGCCAGCACAGCCCUGCCGCCCCCAGCAGGGCUGCCCUGCCUCGCACUCCCAACCUCACUCGGGUGUCCCGGCCGCCGCUCCGUCCCCGCUCCCGUCUACCGCACCGCUCGCCCAGAGCUCCCCGCCGCUCCUCCUCCAGACCCCGCACACGCCACAUUCCUCGGUUCCACUCCUCUCCGCCGCCCCCGCUCUUCUCAGCGGCCACCCGCCCGUCCUCCCGGGCCAGGCCUGGGCCUCGGGCUUCCGCCCGAAGGGGGCUCCCUGCUACCCUCAGGACCCUGCCGACCCCGACCACGCCGCCUCACCCCACGCCCCGCGGCUCGGGCCCGAGUCCUACCACCGAGGCCACUCCCGCUCCGCACCCUCGGUCCUUUAUUGUUGACUCGAAGCUCCCAAAAUGGCGGCGGCUCCUUCCUCCUCGGAAACCUCCGCCCGCCCCCACCCGGCCCCUCGCCGCGACGCCCGCCGCCCCGCCCCGCCCCCGCCGCGACGCUCGCUGCCCGCGCAGCUCGCCGCCGCCGCUGCUGCCGCCGCCACCCCGCACUACCUCGGCCGGCGCCCGCUGUGCCGGCGCCCCCGAUGUCGCCGCCGGGCUGAGCUGA